AUGUUUACUGUUCGGUGGCCAUCAUUACCGUCGUUUGGAUCGCUCUUAUCCUCACCCACCCAGGCUAUUGAUCUGCCCCCGGUCAACAUCCAUGAAACCGAGACAGCCCAAGACAAGCCGGGCCGGGCAUUGAAACACCUACUGAAAUUGAAUCAUGUCGAGAACUCACUGUUUGACUGUCGCAACUUCCCUAACCAGCUAAUUCAUCUCUUGAGCUCCUCUUUUCUCCAAGGCGCAGACGCCGAUACUUUAGGCCGGAUAUAUGAGAAGGAAACAUCUAAUCUGGUUAAAUGGAAAGCAUCACCGGCAGAAAUCACCACUCUUGACUGGCGAGGUCACCUGGGAUGUCGAGGAUUUGAUCGAGCUUUCGUGGAUUUCUUUGAAGAUGAAAUGGUCAACCUUAGCUACAACUGGAAGGAAGUUGUGGCCGAGUACUUGUUUACUGCCAAAGAGCCCAUGUUUGAUUCUAUAAUGGCUUCCUUCGGAUUGCCAUUGAUCCAUCUUGCGUACGCCUUUGAAAUGGACAGUCGUGAAAUCGCAAUGGAGGCACUCGGCCUUGCAGCAACCUGCCACAAUGACAUGUACAAAUCCUUGGAGGACUCUAAACAGUCCGAAAACGCGGCAACAUAUCAAUCAAAGUCACUCUUUGCGAUUCUUGAUCUAGCCAAGAAAGAUGAGGACUUAGAUGGGCUCUUUCCCACUCCCGGCAAUGGCAAUCUCGAUGCCCUUCUCGUCAGUCGUAACGCCGCGCUUCUCAACCACUGGAAGGCGUGGAAGAUCGAGAAUCCAAUUGAGCAGUUCCGCGAGAGCCAAGAGCUUGCAGCUGCUUUGCUAGUUGGAACAGCAGUUGAUUCGACGGGGCAUUACGAUCGCUUCUUCGCUUUGAACCUUGCAACCAGCCAUGCUGUCCGUGUCGUGCUGCCUUUCAUACCCCCCCAGUUCCAAAUUCCUCUUCUUCGACAAUGGUGGUUAAUGUGCGUGGGAAUUUACGUCGCGCAACUACGGCCCGAGAUCGAAAUGGACAAAAUUCGGAAUUAUGAUCUGAAUAGAAAGGACUGGGAAUGGGUUGCCGACAAAGCUGUCAAUGGCGACUUCUCAUCCAAUGUGCACUUUGUCACGACUACUCGAGCACUGAAAGAACUGGCAUCGACUUGGGGCGAUUCCGAUAGCUUCUUCUUGAAGGCUGCCGUGCAAUUUGUGACUGAGUUCAAGGGUUGGCGGGUUUAA